UGAUUCUUAUUUGAGUAGGUAAGCGAUACAAUCCAUAUCUUCAAAAUGUCUUCCACCUUUUUAGAGAUGUUGAUUUAUGAUGAAAAAUAUGCUGGCAAUACGUCGACUUAACUUCAAUUCUAUACUCUUCAUUCGUGACAGCACCCUCCCGAAUGGUGAUUUUUAUAUGGAUACCUAGGCAUUGCUUAUCAAUCAAAUGAUUUCCAUCAUUUGUCAUGCAUGGCCCGACAGUCUAAUCAGAGUCCUUGGUGGCCGAAGCUACUCGAAUAGCAGUUAUGACGUUGAUAAAACAUCCCCGCAUCGCCCACUACACACGUUCGUUGUACUCUUCACUUUCAUCUCUUCAUUCUGUAUACAAUCCCAAAAUACAUCAAGUUGUGCUUAGAUCUCAAUUGAAUUAUUCCAAGAUGUCUUCCAACUUCUAUCUUGAUGGUACUCCUGAUGAGGUUAAAAAUGCAAAGGUUGCUUACCCUCAGUUCGCAUGCUUAGUACAUUUAGCUGAUUAUAAUACGAUCAGGGCUUGCAUCUUAUAACAAUGUCAACACCCAAUGGCAAGAAAGUUCAGAUUAUGCUUGAGGAGUUAAAGGCUGCGUAUGGCACCGAAUGUAAUGAUCUUCCCGUGGGCCGGUUCAAAUAGUCUGGAACUGUUGCAGUCCAUACUUUUGGGAUUGGUCUGGAGUCAAGUAUAAAAAGUUAUGCUAACACUUGAACCAGACACUCACACUCUGCUCAAUAUCACGACCAAUGAGCAGAAGAAAGAUUGGUUUCUAAAGCUAAACCCAAAUGGUAAUCUUGCUUCAACAAAACAAAAUCAUCGAAAAGUUCGAGGCUCACUAUCUUGCAGGCCGAAUUCCCAUCUUGAUUGAUAAUACUAAGACACCUCCAUUUCCUGUCAUGGAGACUAGCGCAGAGUUGCUAUACCUGCUGAAAGAGUUCGACAGCAAAGAUAUAUUCGGAUUUAAGGAUGAGCUGGAGAGAAAUGAGUGUCUCCAAUGGCUCUUCUUUUGGCAUGGUAGCGUAAGUUCUUUGCUGCCCCUAUUCAUGUAACUCUACUAAUCAUUUUGCAGGGCGCUCCGGUAAGUCAAAGCCAAUAGCUCUUCUAGAAUCCUCAAGUCAAACAUAUGGGGCAUUCAUGAACUUCAUAUUCCUCGAAACCUCAGUUGAGGUCUGCUCUUCUAACAUUACUAAUGACUUCAAUUUAGUACCAAGGUCAAGUGACCUACUUUGCCAAGAUUGCAAGUGAGAAAAAUCCAGGUAAGUAACUAUUGUUCAUCUUCGUGUAGAACAAUUAAGUAAUGCUGCUGGUACAUAGGAGCUUUGAAGAGAUACAAGGACGAGACUUUGCGCAUUUUUGGGGUACUCGAAAUUCGCUUGUCAGGUAAAUAUACUGGCGAGCCCCGUGAUUACUUGGCCGGGAAUGGAAAAGGAAAAUAUUCAGUUGCAGAUAUUGGAACUUGGCGUGAGUUAUCUCCAUGCUGCGUUUGAUGCUCUGGUUCAUUGACAAGACUUUCAGCAUGGGUGAGUGGGUGGGACUUUUCAGGUGCUAUCACGCAGGAAGAAAUGAAUCAGUUUCCGCAUGUAUUGAAAUGGAUUGAUAGAAUUGCUGAGGUCAGUACUUUAUAUACAAAUUCGGUGACUUUUGCUAAUAAGAACAGCGGCCGGCCGUCCAAAGUGGAACAUCCAAGGAAUGGCAAAAUUGGUGAAUGCCAUUGUGAGCAAGGAGGAUUGUAGUUAGGUCAUCAAGUUUUAUUGGUCCCUAACAUUAAGUAGGUAUCUGAAAAACAGUCACAGUGGAAGUGGAUUUUAGAUAUGUUUGAACAUAUAUCAACUUUAUUGACUUCAAUAUCAAA